CUCUGUUGCCGUAGCGAUCUCCUCUCUCUCCCUCAGACCGAGCAGCAUAACACACGGACGGAUGGACCUGGCCUUUAUCGCUAUGAAGAUGGAUCCACCGUGGAAUAUCCAGAGGUACUACUAUCACCACAACAACCAGGCAACACAGACAAUGAGUUUCCAUUCCUGAGGUGAACCCGUCCAGAGUUACUGCGGUCCAGAGUUACUGCAGUCCUGAGGUGAAUCCGUCCAGAUUUACUGCGGUCCUGAGGUGAACCCGUCCAGAGUUACUGCGGUCCAGAGUUACUGCAGUCCUGAGGUGAAUCCGUCCAGAUUUACUGCGGUCCUGAGGUGAACCCGUCCAGAGUUACUGCGGUCCAGAGUUACUGCAGUCCUGAGGUGAAUCCGUCCAGAUUUACUGCGGUCCUGAGGUGAACCCGUCCAGAGUUACUGCGGUCCUGAGGUGAAUCCGUCCACAGUUACUGCGGUCCUGAGGUGAAUCCGUCCAGAGUUACUGCAGUCCUGAGAAAGGGUUUGUCCACCUGCCCAGUCCCUCCUUUAGCUGCAGUAAAAGGGGUGUGUCUGUUUGUCUGGCCCCUCCCCCUGACUGCAGAAAGGGGUGUGUCUGUGCGUCGGUGUACAGAAAGGGGUGUGGACUGGCCUGAUGGAGGCGGGACAUCCGUCACCUGACAGCAGUAAUGAGGAGUGUACAGUACUGGAGGCUCUAUCGGGACUGGCCUGUCACACACACACUGGCAAGGUGACGGAGCUGUACUGUUCAGGGUGUGAGGUGUGUGUGUGUGAGGUGUGUGCGUUGGGGGAGCAUGCAGACCAUCCCACGGGACCGUUAUUAGCAGCUCUGGGGACACACAGAGACGGCCUGCAGGAGAGACUGACUGCUGCACAGAACAGACUGCCUCAGAUCUCGGAGGCCCUGGUCUCUCUGAGAGAGAUCCUACAGCAGCUGACCAAUCAGAGAGCUUUGAUCGAGGAGGACAUCCACAUCAGCUUCGAAGAGCUCCACAAGACCCUGGACGUCAGGAAGAGUGUCCUACUGAUGGAGCUAGAGGUCACCUACGGACUGAAACAGAAGGUCUUGCAGGCCCAGCUGGACACCUUACUCCAUGGCCAGGGGGGUAUUGUUGACACAUGUACCCAGACAGAGAAGGCCCUGAGCGGGGAGGCCCGCGCCGCGAGCCUGCAGGCUGAGAGAGGCCUUGGGGAGAGGCUGAGGGAUCUGGCCAGCCAAGGGCUACCGUUCCAGGCUGAGGAGAAUGAUCAGCUGGAUUUACUGAUGGAGACAGAGGGGCUGAGAAAGUCUAUCCACAAACUGGGGACUAUCAUCACUACCAGUGCGGUGGCGAGCCAGAGUGAGGCGUCGGGUGUGGGACUGGAGCAGUGCAUCGUGGGUCUCCCAGCCUGCGUAACCAUAAUGACCAGAGACAAGGCCGGCGGACCAUGCAGGAGCGGCAAUGCCAUCCUGUCUGCUGAGGUGUGUACUCCAGAUGGUAGCGUGGCGGACGGGGAGAUACUCGACUAUAAGAACGGAACAUAUGAUUUUGUUUACACUGUAAACAAGGAAGGAGAGUUUUCAUUGGCUCUCCGGCUCUAUGACCAACACAUCAAAGGAAGUCCCUUCAGACUCAGAGUUACCAGGUCCCCUGACCCUGAGGAGUCUCCUCCCACCACCACAGCCACCUCUCUGACGGCCACCGCCACCCCGUCUACAGGCUCCUCUGAGGGGGCUAAGCGGAGAGGAAAGUCCCCUGGGAGUAAGAAGAAGGGGUCCAGGAGGACAGGCAGUGCCCUGGGAACACCCAGACGCAAAGAGAAUCCCAUCGAAGAUGAUCUCAUCUUCAGGAUCGGUACUAAGGGGAGAAAUAAAGGAGAGUUUACUAACCUGCAGGGUGUGUCGGCAUCCUCCAAUGGCAGGAUUCUAAUAGCAGACAGCAAUAACCAGUGUGUCCAGAUCUUCUCUAAUGAGGGGGAAUUUAACAGUCGUUUUGGGGUGAGGGGUCGGUCGCCAGGUCAACUCCAACGACCAACCGGUGUGGCUGUUCACCCCAACGGUGACAUCAUCAUCGCCGACUACGACAACAAGUGGGUCAGCAUCUUCUCCAGCGAGGGCAAAUACAAGGCCAAGCUGGGCUCUGGUAGGCUAAUGGGACCAAAGGGCGUGUCAGUGGAUCAGAACGGCCAUGUGAUCGUCGUUGACAACAAGGCAUGCACCGUCUUCAUCUUCCAGCCAACCGGCAAGCUCGUUUCUAAAUUCGGUAGCCGCGGCAACGGAGACAAACAGUUUGCAGGUCCUCAUUUUGCAGCCGUCAACAACAACAAUGAGAUCAUAGUGACAGACUUUCACAACCACUCAGUCAAGGUGUUCACCCCAGAGGGAGAGCUGCUGCUGAAGUUUGGAUCUAACGGAGAGGGCAACGGUCAGUUUAAUGCUCCUACAGGCGUGGCCGUCGAUGUGAAUGGGAACAUCAUUGUAGCUGACUGGGGCAACAGCCGCAUACAGGUGUUUGACGGUAGUGGCUCCUUCCUGUCCUAUAUCAACACAUCAGCUGACCCUCUCUACGGACCUCAGGGUCUGGCUCUCACCUCUGAUGGACACGUGGUGGUGGCCGACUCUGGGAACCACUGUUUCAAGGUCUACAGAUACCUACAGUAAUAGAGGGAGUGAGAAGAGAGAUGGAGAGAUGGAUGGACAGAACCACUGUUUCAAGGUCUACAGAUACCUACAGUAAUAGAGGGAGGGAGGUAUGGGAGAAUGGAUGGAGGGAGAAGAGAGAUGGAGAGAUGGAUGGACAGAAUCACCGUUUCAAGGUCUACCACUUCCUGGUGUGAACUUAAAUGACGACCAAUCAAAUCUGCUCCUCUCUGACGACACGUCACUCAUCUGCCUUACUAUUGGCCAGAGCUGCACAGUGAGAGCAUUGGUCCUGAGACCUACCUCUCGGCUUGCCAAAAUGAUGUCACAGCUCCCCAUCCCACCGUGGAAACCUGUUAAUCUGACUCAAUAUCAAACUAAUCUCAACCUGUUAAUCUGACUCAAUAUCAAACUAAUCUCAACCUAUUCAUCUGACUCAAUAUCAAACUAAUCUCAACCUGUUAAUCUGACUCAAUAUCAAACUAAUCUCAACCUAUUAAUCUGACUCAAUAUCAAACUAAUCUCAACCUGUUCAUCUGACUCAAUAUCAAACUAAUCUCAACCUGUUAAUCUGACUCAAUAUCAAACUAAUCUCAACCUGUUAAUCUGACUCAAUAUCAAACUAAUCUCAACCUGUUAAUCUGACUCAAUAUCAAACUAAUCUCAACCUGUUAAUCUGACUCAAUAUCAAACUAAUCUCAACCUGUUAAUCUGACUCAAUAUCAAACUAAUCUCAACCUGUUAAUCUGACUCAAUAUCAAACUAAUCUCACCCUGUUUACCUGACUCAAUAUCAAACUAAUCUCACCCUGUUAAUCUGACUCAAUAUCAAACUAAUCUCAACCUGUUAAUCUGACUCAAUAUCAAACUAAUCUCAACCUGUUAAUCUGACUCAAUAUUAAACUAAUGUCAACCUGUUAAUCUGACUCAAUAUCAAACUAAUCUCAACCUGUUAAUCUGACUCAAUAUCAAACUAAUCUCAACCUGUUUAUCUGUGGAGAUUACCUAUGGAGUCUACAGAACAAUAUAUAAAUUGUACGUAUGGGUUCUAGAGAACGAUACAAAUUGUUCGUAUGGGUUCUAGAGAACAAUACAAAUUGUUCAAAUGGGUUCUAGAGAACGAUACUGAUAAAUGUAUGUUCUAUAGAAUAAUAAUAUUUAUAGUUCGUUUGCGGAUCGUUGUCUGCAAAAUCAAUAAGGAAUGCUCAGUAAUGUUCAAGAACGUGGCUAUGGUUAUUCUAACACUCCACAGAUAUAUUAAUAAAUCAAUCAAUUGAUGAUUGGUUGAUUUGAUUGAUUGAGCUAAAAGGCAACUUGCGACUUUACACUUGGAUAAGGUAUUUAUUCAACCAUACAAUUUUUCAGAAGAAAAUAAAAUACUGGGUGCUUUCCAAAUUGCUUCCCUACGUAGUGCACUACGUAGUGCACUACGUAGGGAACAAAGUGCUAUUUGGGAGACGGACACAGUUGAAAGAUAACAUGGAAGAGUAUAUAUAUUAUCCUUAUUAUUAAUACCGAUCAAUAACCAUUUGCAAACUAACUCUCAUCAAUGCUGUUUUCACCCCCCCAUUAGAAAAAAAACAAAACAAUAUACCAUUUUAGAAGUAGGGCUCAGCACGAUUUAAAUCCAAAGGUCCUUUCCGAUUGAACCGUGAAUGCAGUCUCCAGGAACGAGGGAACAUUGCCUUUUGAAUUUCUAUUACGCUAUAGCGUAGAUCUUCAUGAAUUGAGCCCUUAAUAUUUGAUUAAUAAGUUAUUUUCUUGUUAAGGAUUCCAAAUGAGUUUCUUUAUGAUUAAGUGUGCUGUUGCUUGUCAGUACAGUAAUAUAUCACUCAUAACGGAAUACCAGAGUAUUCUAGAACAAUUCCACUGUUUUCUAGAAGAAGAAAAAACAUAGUAUUCUAGAAGCAUGCUUUUUGUUUUUAGUCACUGUAUCAAUAGAUCUCAACGGAACUCAACCGAAACAAUGGAAUUGCCAUGGAAACGGCCAUGGGGGAAAGAUCCUGAAUCUCUUCAUUGCCCCCCAGCAAAAUUAGCCUACAUUUAGGCUAUUGUUAACAUUUGUAUUUCACGGUAUGUUGAGGUAAAAAUCAGAGUAUAAUGCUUGUAUGGAUGUCAACCCCAACACGUCAUCAUUACCAAUCAACCGCAUUACAGUUAAAAAAAACUUCCACCACCAAUUUCUGUAUGCUAACGAUGCUAACCAGCUUAUACGAACGGGAGUUCACAUUUAGCAGUCAUUUCUUAAAUCUAGAAAGGGACAACUUCCACAUAUCAUGCAGCGAAAACAGACAAAUAUAUCCAAUUUGGACUUCAGUAACCACACUGUGGGCCUCUUACAAUACAUACAUCAUGAUGGAUUUGACAAAUAUCCUCUCGGUUACAUCAGAUUUGUUGAAUGUGCUCCAAUCUGGUCAACGGAAUAUCUGCGUUCCAUUGACUGCUUUACCGCAUCUAUCUGUUAUGAUCCAACAGUGUUCUGUUAGAAUCAUAUUCAGAGUUCCAAAAUUCCGGGAAGUUCCCUAAAAAUUCAAAGCAGGUUUUCCAGAAAUCCUGGUUGUAAGAUUCCCGGAAUCAGGAAGGAAUAUGCAGGAAAUCCUAGAAUUUUAUAACUUAGAUUUCUGGAAAGUCUGCAUGGAAAUAUGGGGAAAUAAAAAGCACUUUUCAAACCUGUAUCCAUACCAUGGGGUAGCUGUCUGUUCUGCCCCUCAACAAGGCAGUUAACCCCACUGUUCCUAGGCCGUCAUUGAAAAUAAGAAUUGGUUCUUAAUUAACUGACUUGCCUCGUUAAAUAAUGGUAAAUAAAUAUAGAAUACUGUAACAUCUGUAGGCUAAUGGGAAGGAUUGGAUGAGGAAUCAGGGGGUUGUGUGCCAAAUGGAACCCUGUUUCCCAGAGCCCUAUGGACCUUGGUCGAAGUUAGGCACGACACUGGGUGCUAUGUAGGAUACUGACUAUCAAACAAAUGUCUACCCUACAUUUCCAACACUUAUAGGAAGUGCCCCAACAAUACUGAAGAACAUUUCGGUUCACAUUCUGAAUGUAUUUAUGUUAUUAUUUAUUAUUUGGGGUUAUUUAUUCCUGGGGCGCAGUACUACUAUGGGCUGACCCUGUAAAACAACACCUAUCAUACUACUAUGACUGACCCUGUAAAACAACACCUAUCAUACUACUAUGA